GCUGUUCCACCAAGGGUUCCACCCUGCUUUUCUAUUUCACUCUUUCUUUCUUUCUUUCUCUCUCUGUGCUGUUGUAAAUCCAGUUUGAUAGCCUGAAUGGCAACAGUCAAUAUAGAUGCCACCUACCACCUGCCGCUGUAUGGAAGCUCUACCGACUAGUUCAAAUAGCAGAGUAACUAAGGAAGCUUUGGAGACCUACCGUACAAUGUGAAGAAAAUCUGAAGUAACAGUUGGGCUCCACUUGCCAACAAACCAGCAUGGCUAGACUUUUCCUGCAAGGGAGGAUGAAGAUGCAAAGGCACAAGUCUUUUUUCUUCUGCGCAUUUGCUCUGUGUGUCUUCUCCCAGCUUCACAACUACAAGGCGCUCCACCACAUGCCUAUACUGAGUGAGCUGUAUGCCUCCUCCGUCAAUGCCCUGAGUUUCCUCUGGAGAGGGAAGGGGAACCCUUCAAACAAUGCUCACCCAGAGAGGAGGCCUCUACCUGGGCCUGUACCCUCCGACACUGGCCUGUGGGAACCAGAGGCAUACCGGGAGGACCAGGGAAACGCAGAGGUGGGGAGAAAGAUUGGGCGUGGCAGUGAGGACCCAUGGCGCAAGGAGCAGCCUGACUCAGGGAWUGUAAACAGAAUGACGGUCACUCUCCCAGACCCCAAAGGACCAUGGGGGGAACUUCACAAACGGAGCUUCCAUCUUCGCGAUGACCCCACCCCAUUCUUUGCGCGCACCAAGUCUGGAGCAUACUGCUUCAGAGAGGGGACGGAAAUGGCUUCUUUCAAAGACCAUUUAGGACAAAAGGCCCAGGAACCCGGAGAGGGCCAGCGUAAGAUCCUGCAUGCACASCAAGAGGAACCCAAMUCAGCCCASGYGAAAWKKGCCRGGGGGAAAAGGCUGGMGAAGUGUAUGUGUCGCCKAGGCUGGCACGGCCCUCACUGUGGCAUCCCCACCAUGGUGCAACACUCCAACCUGCCCACUAAGGCGCGUCUGACACCGAGAAAGGUUCCUCGAAGGGUCAUCAAUGCCAUUAAUAUCAACCACGAGUUUGACCUCCUCCACGCCCGCUUUCAUGAGUUGGCUGACGCUGUGGACCUCUUCCUGGUGUGUGAGUCAAACUUCACAGCCUACGGAAAUUCCAAGCCACUGCACUUCCUGCGCCUUCUGCUUAACGGAACCUACAACUAUGUGCAGCACAAGAUCCUUUACGUAUUCCUCGAUCACUUCCCUAAUGGUGGCCAGCAGAACGGGUGGAUUGCUGACGACUACCUGCGAACAUUUCUAAGCCGUGACGGGAUGUCCAGGGUGCAAGGCGCCAGGCCAGAUGAUGUCUUCCUCAUCAACGAUGCAGACGAGAUCCCUGCCCGCGAGGGCAUCCUCUUCCUCAAACUCUACGAUGGCUGGACGGAACCUGUGUCCAUCCACAUGAGAAAGUCCCUUUAUGGUUUCUUCUGGAGACAGCCCGGGACACUGGAAGUCCACUCCGUCUGCACUGUCGCCAUGCUCUUCACUGUCUACAAUGGAAACGGGAUAUUACUGAGGCGCAGGGAAUACUUCUCCAUGCCGGGUUUCCGGAACUAUCAGAGGGAGAGUGGACACAUCCUGGUGCACUGGUCCAUUGGGAGCCCCGUCCACUACGCAGGCUGGCACUGUUCCUGGUGCUUCAGACCAYAGGGAAURUCCSAKAAYCUKAUCUCUGCCCAGAAUGGAGACUUCCCCCGCUGGGGCGACUACGUGGAAAAACGAGACCUGAAUUACAUCAAGGGCUUGAUCCGGACUGGGGGAUGGUURGAUGGCUCGGUGGGGGAGUACCCACCCACAGACCCUAAAGAGCCUAUGUACGCACCCAAAUAUCUAUUAAAGAACUUUCCGCUGUACCGCUACGUACUUGAGAACCCAUAUGCCUGAAUCUGGUAGAAAACCGGUGAGGAUUAUUUUCUCAUUGUUGAUUCCAAUGGAAGGAUUUUUAACUUCAAGGGGUGUUGUCUGAACACAACUAUGAAAACUCCACCUACGCCUCUGAUUUAAGGGCAAUCUCCACUUCCUGUCAGAAGAAGAAGUAGCUAGUGGUUGAGAGGGGGUGUAAUGAGUGACAUCUGAGACUCAUUCUAUCCGAUUCUAUCCCUUUUCAAUCAAAUGAGAACGUGUUUUCAGUCAAUUUACCUGGUAAAAUAACGGUAAAAUAAAUAAAAUAAAUAAAAUCACAAUAUUUAAAUGAUAGUUUAACGAUCCUCAACGACAAAGGCCUCUUCUGCUCCAGAUCAUUCAAAGACCGGAUUCCAGUUGGGACAUGAUGACUGUUGACUUUUGUACAGUUCCUAACUGUAGACGUGAUGGCAGACAGGUAUAUAUGUAUAGAAGAUCUAUCUGAUGAUGGCCAAUGGCCAGUGAUACUGUAGUUUUCCCUCAGUCAGAUCAACAAUGUGCUUCUAGUGCCACCAGUUUUGCGUUUCCAGAGACCUUUGUGAAGAAAGAGACCUGAAAAACAAUCAGUGCACCUUUCUGUGGUGGUGGUGGUAAAACUGUGUUACUGUGCUGAAAUGGUUGUUCGAACAACACAGGGAAAUAUAGCGGGAAAGGGAAAGUCGGUUUUAUAUUGUUUAAUACAAACCCAGCUAUCCCUCACUAAUGCACUAUUGGUUUAUCUUAGCCGUCGCUUGCUUUGACUACAUAACUAUCUUAUAGCCUUCUUGUAAACAGAUCAUUUAUGGUGUACAGAUGAAUGAAUUUGAGGCCAAAAAGCAUAUGUAAUUAGAACCACGUGAUCCUGCCAAACAGUUGUCACAACGCUUUUAGACAUUUCUGUAAUCUGUAUGCAUUGUUCAUUGAGAGAGACAUUUCUUGAGAAACAAAAUCCUUCUUCUUCUGCUAUGGUCUAGUGAUUCACAUCACGUCUGCUAUUUCAAUCUGUUCUAGAUAGUCAGCUUUACAUUCAUAAGCAAACAUAAUGGUUUCCUUGGUUUUGUCCUUUAAAAAUGCAUUGCAAUUCUUCACAAUUUAAAACGAUUCCCCAUGAGAAUACUAUUCUUACAGCUCCUACCGACAUGUUCCCUGUGAAUAGGAUGUAUACCAACGACACCGAUUAAUGUAAUUGAGAGUUUAUUGCAAUUUUAUUGCUUAGUUAAGAAACAACAGACUGUCUGCUAUCAAUCAGAUCAACCUUUGAUACGCUGCAAGUCAUUGGUGUCCGCCUAGAGUAGACUGAGAGGCCUAUUCAGUGGAAACUGGUGAUUAACAAAAGAAACAAAAAUGAAGGAUGUAAUGAAUAUCUUAGUUCAUUCUUGUUUUGCACUGUUUUGCACUGUAGACAUUGUUUUGUUGAAUAGCUACAGGACAUGAAUCCAAACCUAUUGGCAGUAAAAGCAGUAACAGGACGACAUAAAGACAGACAAAAGUUCACAAAAAUAAGUCAUUUAUUACUUUUAUUACAUAAAUAUUAGUAUAUUUUUAGUUCCAUUUUUGGUCAUUUAUUAAAUGUAUUUAUUUUUUAGUCAUGCCUCUAUUUACCGUGCUUGGCUUGGGCAGGAGCUCAGCUGAGCUGAGUACUGGCACCUCAAAUGUUCUACUGCUUGAGCCUACACAUCUUAUAGAAUAUUAGCUCAAAAGUAUUGUGGCGCUCCUGCACCUAAAUAUAAACAGUGCCAGCACCCAAAAUGAGUACUGAAAUAGGUUCCAAGUCAAGUACUGUCUAUUUAUCCCCAGAUAAAUAUACAAUAUUAGGAAGUUUAAGACUGCUGUUAACUGUUGUUAAAUCUUUGAUAGAUUGACUCUAUUUUAUGAAAUAGAGUCAUGUCAAUGUGGACACUUUUGUUCAGAAUUAGCUUUAGCACCUCCUUGUCUUGGGAGAAUGACUUUGGGAAUAAGGGGAUAAUAAUAAUUUAUUGGUUAUUGCUGAUGUUUCUGUUUGGAAUCUGAUGCUUGUGAAUGGAUGCUCUGACUUGCAGUUUGCACACAUUCUCAGCCAAAGUGUCUACAUUUAAAGACCAGAAUCUCAGGAAUCUUAAAGAAUGGCAUCCCAACUACAGGGACUACACUGUUGUUCAAUGAGGCAGCAUGUUCACAUUGACAACAAAAAAAAAGCCUUGGAUGUGGUUGACUUUGCGUUUUUAGGGGGAUUUAGACAUCUGCAUGGUCUUUUGUCAUUUAUAAUUUCUGGAUGGUGUCCAAUAAUUUUUGUGCCACAAUGAGGUAUAGCUCCCGGGUUCUAACUUCAUUAACAGAUUGUUUAAAUAAAUCAACAACUAAGGUGACUUAUUUUGAA